CGAUGAAACACAUACGGAUCCGCACAAUCGCCCACACUUCAGAUUAAAAGUAUUUAACUAGAAAUUAACUACAAGCAAUUUUUAGUAUCAACAUGGCGUUGUUCACGGUGAACAACAUGCUUGGCUCACUGAUGUUACUUAUUGUGGUGUCAGGUGUUGCCCAAAGUGCAGUGACUGGCCCCUCAGGAAACGGAUCCAGAGCUGGAAUUUGCUCCCUGGAAGUACCAACCCUGGACCUGAUCCAUCCGGCCGAUAGAGCCAAAUUGGGACAUAAUAUUCCUAGAGGAAAUGGCUCCAGAGCUGGACUCAGCAGAAUAGAUAUAUGCUGUUCUGGUUGGGAAAGGAAACCGCACCACCACUACGAGUGUCAGCCAAUCUGCGAAAACGGGUGUGAAAAUGGUAACUGCACCGCACCAAACGUCUGCACGUGCAAGAAGGGCUUUAUUCAGGAAUCUUUGAACAAAUGCAUCCCCACUUGCCCCAUCGGCUGCAAGAACGGAAUUUGCACCACCAACGGCGUGUGCUCCUGCAACUACGGCUUCAUUUUGGACAGAUCCGGAAAGUUCUGCAACCCAGUUUGUAAGAACGGUUGCGGAAUUGGAGGCGAAUGCGUGGGUGCAGACGUGUGUCGAUGUAAGCCAGGAUUUAGCUUGGACCAAAACACCAACCAAUGCGGCUACCACUGCGAAGGUGGCUGCGGCAACGGCCAAUGCGUCGGUCCCAACCAAUGUUCCUGUGCCAAGGGCUACAAACAGGUCGGGGGCUCCUGCGUGCCGGAUUGCCCAAGAGGUUGCGUCCACGGGGAAUGCACGGCACCCAACACAUGCUCUUGCCCACCGAAAUGGUCCCUAGACCAGUCAGGGUCGAUUUGCCAGCCCCACUGCUCACUUCCUUGUCUGAACGCCGACUGUACCGGACCGGACACUUGCACCUGCAAGAAGGGCUACAUCCAGGACCCGAGGAGCUCGGGCAAUAAAUGCGUGGCACAUUGUCCAGGAGGAUGUGACAACGGAGUUUGUGCGUCUCCCAACUUUUGCAUCUGCAAUCCCGGGUUUAUCAAGGAAGGCAGAGGAAGCAACAGAUGCAUUCGAAGAUUGAGGAGGUCUAUUUUCUCCGACAUCCACUACGAACUCAUUCCAGUUCAGUUUGAUUAAACUUACGCAAUUGUAUCUCCACAUGUUACUCCAUAAUCAAUAAAAACUUGUGUAAACGUU